UCCCUAGACUGGGGACUGACUCCCUCUCCUGUGUCCCCACUGCCUCACUGGACCAUGGGAGAAGGAGCCUAUCAGCUGGCUCACCCCGGAACCCACAGUCCCCAUCUUCCAAACAGCCUCCCUGCCUUCUCCCUGCACAGUGAACACGUCCUGAUUUCUAGAUUUCACCUCCCCUCCCCACCCCCAAGGGACACAGGCCUCACAGGGCCCAACACUUGGGUCAGGGUAGGAGGGACAGGGCCACGGUGGCCAUUUCCCAUGAGAGGCGCCAGCCUGCCUGGCUGUCUUCCACCGACCCUGCCCUGUGUGCCUGGAGUUUUUCAGCCACUGAGAUCGUGGACCAGCCUCCAUCUAUACCAGGAACACCCAGCUCUAAAGGAGAUGGGAGGGACUGAUGCCCACCUGAAGCUCUCAGCUUCCUGCCCACAAUGCUGACAAGUACAGAACUAAAUGGAGCAACUACUGCAGAAUCCAGUACAGAAUCAGUCCAGGAGGGCGCGGCUGUGGACAGGCCAGCCCCGCCCCCACCGCAAGUUCUGGGAGGCGCAUCUUGAAAGGGGAAGGCAGACGUCCUGAGUGAUGGGCGCCUGUGGCCCCGAGGCUAUGGAUGAGGGGGCUACGCUUCAGCUGGCUUCUGAGGGGCCUGGAAAGGCACAGAAGUAGGGCCUUGGCUGAACUGGCACCCAGCAGGACCUCGUGUCCCUGCACUGCUGCAGAUACACCAGCCCUCCCCACCUUGGUGCCACUGUCACUUCCUACUGGGAUCCUUCCCCCCAUCCAGUGACACCCAGGCUGUGGGACCACACGGGGCCCUGCUCCCUUGGGCAGGAGAAGAGGUGGUGCCUGCGGUGCACCUUCACAGCCAGCCAAGUGUUCUGGAUUUAUCCUGCGUAAAGAAGGAUGGUACCCUCUUUCAGGGGUGUGGUGCAGUGCACUGAUGGAGCAGCUGAUGCUGCUGGGAGGCCAUCCUGGAAGAGGCAGCAGUGGCUCAAGUUUGUGUGCAGGAGCCAGAGUGGGAUUCACAGGCUCUUGUGGGUAUGGUUUAGAACUAGAUGGUACUUUGGGGACAAGCCAUCCAAAAACCCCAGGCCCACAUCCACCCUGAUUUGAUAUCCCACUUUCUGACAGACCAGAGGCUAUGUCUCUAGGCAGUGGAGGCCCAGGAGCAGAGCCUGGGGCUGGUUCACAGCUAAACCCCUCCCUAGGGCAGAGUAGGGCCUUAGCUUCUGGCGAGUCCACAAGCCCUGCCGGGGCCCUGCUUGUUGACCUGACCCCUCCCUCACCAGGCAACCAGCCAAGGCGAUUCCUGCUUCACCCGCUCAGUCACCAGCCUCAAGCUGCCCAAGAUGCCUCUGUCACCAGAUUUAUAUCUUCUGGAUGGCUUCUCCAAAUCCAGCCCUUUACCCGCCCCCUAGAGAAGCAGUGAAACCUCACAGCUAGUCCAGCUGGAAGAGCUAUAUUGCAAGAACCGUGCCAUCUUCCUAACCUCGCCUCGGCCUUAGCUCCACAGUGGAGAGCGGGAGCCUGGCUGUGCUUGAUGGUGAAUGCCUGUUUUGAGAGUGUUGAGUGGGAUCAUCUACAGUACAAUACUUGCAAAGCACAGCGCUGUGGCUCUGGGGAACUGGUACGCCUGUGCUGUAACCAUGGCACUCACUCAGUCCUUCCGAAAUGUUUAUUAAUCAAGCACCUGUCAUGUGCCAUUGAGCCCACGAUGGGGAAUGCGGACGGUCCCUUCCCCCAUGAAGUUUGUGUCCUGUUGAGAGGACAGACAGGUGGCCCAGCAGUUGCAGCAUGGUGUGUGCACACAUUUGGUUGGUGGAACCAUGUUUCUACCACUCAUGGUCAAAAAAAGCCCACCAAAGUCAGCCUGGCGACCUCAGGUGCUUUUUUAGGCAAAGCUAGAACAGAAAUAAAUUUUAGUAAGUUAAUGGAGAUGAGCCGGCUUUCCCACAGGUCUACAAGGAAUGUCACCUCACUCCCAGAUACGUGGGGGCAGAUGACCAUUUAGCCAAAUGCAGAGUGUGACACUGAUGAGGACUGCCUGGCUCUCCUCCCCAGGUCCAGGGCUUCCUCCCAGAACCUCAGGUGUUCCUGGGCUGGCACCUGUGGCCCUGAGCUGGGCAACACCUCAUCUCCAGGACCAUGGAUCAGCACAGUGUCCUCAUCCCACUUCAGCAGCGCCGGCUCAGCACCACCUCAGCACCACUCCGCAGCCCCUGCCUGCCACGGUCAGCUGUGCCCCACCUGGUCUGCUGCGGAGUCCCCAGCCCAGUGUCUAGCCCAGUGGAGCCACUGCCUGUUCCUCGGGAAGGUUGAGUGGGACCUGACCGGCCAGGUUACCUCCUCCAAUCCUGUCAGGCUAGUGCCUCCCUGCCUCCCAACCUUGGCUCUCUCCCACCCUCUCCUUUCUUCUCCUUGCCUGGCCCCCUGAAUCCUAUCUUAACCCGCUCAGCCCCCUGACUGACCCUCUCUCGCUCCUUCCAAGCCUCUGUAGCUGGCCCCCCUCCUGGGUUCUAGCCAUGAAGCCCACCUCAGGCCCAGAGGAGGCCCAGCGGCCGGCCUCGGACAUCCGCGUGUUUGCCAGCAAGUGCUCGAUGCACGGGCUGGGCCAUGUCUUCGGGCCAGGCAGCCUGAGCCUGCGCCGGGGGAUGUGGGCAGUGGCCGUGGUCCUGUCCGUGGCCACCUUCCUCUACCAGGUGGCUGAGAGAGUGCGCUACUACAGAGAGUUCCACCACCAGACUGCCCUGGAUGAGCGAGAAAGCCACCGGCUCGUCUUCCCAGCUGUUACCCUGUGCAACAUCAACCCGCUGCGCCGCUCGCGCCUAACGCCCAACGACCUGCACUGGGCUGGGUCUGCGCUGCUGGGCCUGGAUCCCGCAGAGCACCCCGCCUUCCUGCGUGCCCUGGGCCGGCCCCCCGCACCGCCCAGCUUCAUGCCCAGUCCCACCUUUGACAUGGCGCAACUCUAUGCCCGUGCUGGGCACUCCCUGGACGACAUGCUGCUGGACUGUCGCUUCCGUGGCGAACCUUGUGGGCCUGAGAACUUCACCACGAUCUUCACCCGGAUGGGAAAGUGCUACACAUUUAACUCUGGCGCCGAUGGGGCAGAGCUGCUCACCACGACUAGGGGUGGCACGGGCAAUGGGCUGGAUAUCAUGCUGGACGUGCAGCAGGAGGAAUAUCUACCUGUGUGGAGGGACAAUGAGGAGACCCCCUUUGAGGUGGGGAUCCGAGUGCAGAUCCACAGCCAGGAGGAGCCGCCCAUCAUCGACCAGCUGGGCUUGGGGGUGUCCCCGGGCUACCAGACCUUUGUUUCUUGCCAGCAGCAGCAGCUGAGCUUCCUGCCACCGCCUUGGGGCGACUGCAGUUCAGCAUCUCUGAACCCCAACUAUGAGCCAGAGCCCUCUGAUCCCAUAGGCUCCCCCAGCCCCAGCCCUCCCUAUACCCUAAUGGGGUGUCGCCUGGCCUGCGAAACCCGCUACGUGGCUCGGAAGUGCGGCUGCCGAAUGAUGUACAUGCCAGGCGACACGCCAGUGUGCAGCCCCCAGCAGUACAAGAACUGUGCCCACCCGGCCAUAGAUGCCAUGCUUCGCAAGGACUCGUGUGCCUGCCCCAACCCGUGCGCCAGCACGCGCUACGCCAAGGAGCUCUCCAUGGUGCGGAUCCCGAGCCGCGCCGCCGCGCGCUUCCUGGCCCGGAAGCUCAACCGCAGCGAGGCCUACAUCGCGGAGAAUGUGCUGGCCCUGGACAUCUUCUUCGAGGCCCUCAACUAUGAGACCGUGGAACAGAAGAAGGCCUAUGAGAUGUCGGAGCUGCUUGGCGACAUUGGGGGCCAGAUGGGGCUGUUCAUCGGGGCCAGCCUGCUCACCAUCCUCGAGAUCCUAGACUACCUCUGUGAGGUGUUCCGAGACAAGGUCCUGGGAUAUUUCUGGAACCGAAGGCACUCCCAAAGGCAUUCCAGCACCAAUCUGCUUCAGGAAGGGCUGGGCAGCCAUCGAACCCAAGUUCCCCGCCUCAGCCUGGGCCCCAGACCUCCCACCCCUCCUUGUGCCGUCACCAAGACUCUCUCCGCCUCCCACCGCACCUGCUACCUUGUCACACGGCUCUAGGCCUGCUGUUUGUGUCCUCGGAGACCCACCCUGACAUCCUGGACAUGCCUAGCCUGCACGUAGCUUUUCCAUCUUCACCCCAAAUAAAGUCCUAAUGCAUCA